AUAUAUGUAAUAACUAUAUUAUGAUGUUUUUAUAAAUAAAUCUGUAGAAAUUUGCCUCUAAAUAUUUAUUUUUAUAUCAUAUUGUUUUAUUGCAUAAGGACGUGUGAAUAUAAGAACUGGUGCCCUUAUUGAUUUUUCUCACUUUUUGGACCACUUAAAGGGGUCUGCACUUGUUUUUAGUAAAGAGGAAGUGUGAAAACAUCCUUAAAGUUGGCAUCAGGUUGGAGCGAUCCGACCAAACAUCAGCAUCUAAAAAGUGACUGGCUGUCUGUCUAUUGCGUGGUAGUUUUUAGAGGAAGAAGGCGUGACUAUACAGGCACACAACCACCACAACAAUAUUGAACUGCACCCAUGUUACAGACCAAACCCAUUUCGAAUGCAUCGGACAUAAUAAUAAAGGAAACAACAAGUGCACGCUAUAACAAGUUUGUUGGAGAUAAGUUAGCCUAUCUGAUGCUAGGCAGCAGAGGAAUAUGCAUUUUCUCUUUCAAUGCUGAAGAAGAUCAACGCCUGUUCAACAAUAACAAACAAGCUCGUGGACGUGAACUAGGAAACGGACGAUGCCUGUGUGUUAACCAUGACCGUCUGCUAGUUUUCCCGGACGAUUUCUUUUGGAUUAGGUUGUAAAACCACCAAACGAGACAUACGGCAUCGAUUUAGUCGCCAAAAAGCAGCGCUUGGACGAGUCGGAAACUCGCGCGCCAUUGAAAACAAAGUUCCGACAAUCUGAGGCUGUUAGACACAAGUGCCUCUUGCACUACUGGUCUCCCCACCCCAGGCAGGUGUGACUCGUUCGUACGACGUCACAAAUGCGACCAUGGGAAGUAGCAGUGAGUAGGCGGCCAUCAACAGCCCCCUUAAACCAGAGGAGGGUCGUCGGGGAGCCUUGCAUCACCCCUCUGCACCUCAGGAGAAGUCCUCCAGUACGACGUCAGUGGGGACAGCGGGAUAGACCUACUGUGCACACUUCCCUUCAUCAGGAUGAGAACUUUCACCACCCUGUCUUCUCCCAGCAUCAGCAGAUUCAUUUAGAUGAGUCCAGGCAAUAUAGCCACACCAGUGCACCUCCACGCAUGCUGCAUACUGCCACACAACCCCCCCAACAGAGCUCCAUCAUGGUGGAUCUUCACGAACAGAUGCAUCAAGGAUCAGUUCCGAUAUCUUACACAGUUACAACGGUGACGACCCAUGGUUUUCCCAUCCACACCGGGCAACCUAUCCCAGCCUGCAAUGCUCAGCAGCUCCCAGCAUGCUCGGUAAUGUUCAGCGGACAGCUCUCUCUGCUCUGCUGCCUUCCUCCUCCACUCAUUCAGGCCUGCACCAUGCAGCAUCUGCCUGUGUCCUAUCAGGCAUUUCCACCAUUGAUCUCCAGUGAGCAUUUUAUCCUGCACCCCAGUCCACCAGUGCCACCCCACCAGCCUCCUCAUCUGCCUCCACUCAACCAGUUUGUCCCCAUACAGCCCCAGCACCCGCGCAUGCCUCUGCAGAGGGUAGAGAAUGAAGUGGAUCUGCGAGGAGACCAGCAUCCGUUAGGAACAUUCUCUUAUCCUCCAGCCCACCAUCCACCAGCAAUGACCCCCUCCGUGCCCCUCCAGUACCUCCCCCAGGAGCCCCUCCAUCAAGAGCUACCCUACGGAGUGCCAUAUCCACACAUGCUGCCGAGGCGUAUAACUGGACAGAGGUACCGAUUACAGCAGCCUCUGCCUCCCCCGCCCCCUCCACCGCCCUACUACCCCGGCUUCUUACCAUACUUCCUCUCGAUGCUUCCUGUGCCUCCAACUGCUGUGGGACCUGCUAUCAGUCUGGAUUUGGAUGUAGAUGAUGUGGAGAUGGAGAACUAUGAGGCAUUAUUAAACCUUGCUGAGAGACUUGGAGAAGCGAAACCUCGAGGACUGACGAAAGCUGAUAUAGAGCAACUUCCGUCCUACAGGUUCAAUUUAGAAAACCACCAAUCUGAGCAAACUCUGUGUGUUGUAUGCUUUAGUGAUUUUGAGUCAAGGCAGCUACUUCGAGUAUUACCCUGCAACCAUGAAUUUCAUGCAAAAUGUGUGGACAAAUGGUUAAAGACCAAUCGCACCUGUCCAAUCUGUCGAGCCGACGCGUCUGAAGUUCACCGCGAUGUGGAAUGAGUUCAGGUUUUUGUCCUUCACUGGAAAACAGCACAAAUCCUUGAGUGUGUUCUGUGAGUGGGGACACCUGAUCUCCAGCCAAACGCAAAUCUACCCCCACCCCGCUCCCAACCCCACCUCUACAAUAAGCAAUCUCAGAAUUUGUACGGAAACUGUUUGACCUCUGCUGUGCGUCAUUUUGUGAGUUUCAUGAAAGCUACUGCCGCCUAUAGCCACUUCCGAGUUCUGGAAUUAUUAUAUAUAUUUUUUUGGUUCUUUUCAUCUUUCUUUUUCAUUAACCUGCCCUUGUUUCGCAGAUUCCAAAGAUAACCUGUAAUACGUGUUGUGUUGGCAUAUUCGUUUACGCAAUUGAAUAUUCUAUAGUUGUUUGAUCACAGAUAAUUAAAAGCGUGCUUUAGUGUCAUUAGGGACUGCGGGAGUGGGCCUGGAUGAUGGUGGUUUUUGGCUUUACUGUGCAAUCAGACAAGUUCGUAGGACGCGGCCGCUCCGCCAGUGAACGACCAUCAUAGAUGCAUGUCUGUAUAAGUGAUGGGCUGAGGGACUUGUUAAUAAUCUCUGUUUUGCAAUAAUGUAUUGAUCAUUUGAAUAUCUUAAUCCCGAUUCUCUUUUAUCUGCGAAUGCUGUUGUGAAGGUGUGACUUUCAGUGGUUCACAGUUCCAAGGCCUGAGGUUAAAGAGGGAAACGUAGACAAAAAGGACUGCGAAACGACAGCCAUGAAUCCAUCGGGAAAACUCCCGCUGGGCUUUCACCACAGUCGUAGAGACAUUGUGAAGCUGUGGCGUUUUCGCUUUUGCUGUUUGCUGGCAAGGCCAAUGGGACUGGCCCAUGAGAACACAGGGACGAGGACAGCACACUGCCUCUGCCAGCUCCCACCUGGCUGCACUGCACAACCACCCAUCGAUUCUGGACCGGCCCUCUUCAUCCCGCUCCCUCACACUCAGCUGUGGAACUCUUUCUCGGCUAGAUCCAGGAGAACAUCUCACGGGCCUCACACGGACUGUUCUUUUAGACUAGCAAUAUUUGAAUUAACGAGCUCCACCACAUUUCAGCCUCAAGAGGAAAGUCGGGACGGUCUCCGUCUUGCCAUUUUCACACCCGUUGCAUUUCCGACGGAGGCCAAGGAGCUCGCAUUUGCCUGUCCAGAAUGACUUUUUGGGAAAGGGUGGAACACUUUGCAGAAAGCAAUACGUGCAAUGAGUGUGUGAAGUGAACGCAACGUUUGACCUGAUUUUGGAGGACUGGGCUUUUUGUUUUUCCUCAUUCGUGAGCCAAAUAAUCAAUAUACUCUGUAAGAUUUUAGCUCUGCCUUCUCAAGACCUUGACAAGCACAAACCUGUUACUAAUCUUCAGACAUCAUUUGUCAGUUCCUCUUUUUUUUUUUUAAGUGGUCUUAUUUAUUUCUUUCUUUCGAGAGAGUUUUUGAAGGAUUUGGUUGGAAUACUGAAACAUCUUUAGUGCGUUUUAGUUUGCCUCCCGUUGUCAGGUCUCAGGCCAUGUUCACAGUGUAAAGUGAUGUGAAAGAAAAAACAUUGUAUGCAUAGCCUUGGUGUGAAAGGUUGCAAAUUAUCGUCUUGUUUUUAAGACAAAAGAAUGUUUAAACCCUCUGUAUUUCUAGUUACUCCCUCUCCUGUGCGCCACUUGACUGUAGUCGUUCCACGAAGAUCCCAGAUAGGAUUCGAAACGGCAGAGAUGGAGUUUUAGGGUCGUUUAAAGAAAAAAAAAAUGCACUGUAAAAUGUUUAACUCGUGGUUCACUCGAUUCCAAAAACAAACCUGAACUUUGUUUGGGGGAAAACUAUGAACUAUUUGGGAUUUUUUUUUUUUUUUUUUUUUUGUCCCUAAGUACUUUAAUUAUAGGACUUUUAAAUAUAUAUAUAUAUAUAUAAUAUAUAUAUAUAUAUAUAUAUAUAUAUAUAUAUAUAUAUAUAUAUAUAUAUAUAUAUAAUAUAUAUAUAUAUAUAUUCAUGAGGCGUUUGUCCACUGAAUAGUCAUUGUAACUCAAUAGACACACUGGCUUUCUCGGGUAAAGGGAGAAUGUGAGAAUCUUGUGUUUGCGUGCCAGGUUUUAAAAAAAGCCAUUGUAAUGAAUUUAAUCCACACUUUUGAUAAGUAAUCUAUGUAUACAUAUCUGUUCACUGGCAUAUAUUUUGAGUAUAACGGAGAAAAAAAAAAAUCACUCAGGGCCUCUCUGUAAUUGAAAAAUAAAGGAAAACAGUCCAUUUCAAAUGGGAUUGAUGCCAUGGAGAUAUAUUUGGGUAUUCUGGGUUGUUUUCCUCAGGCCAUGCUUAUUUUAAAUGUAAUCAACUGAACUAAUAUUCCUUUUAUAAAUAGUGGUGUAUAUUAUUCCAUUAUAAGACUGGCAUGCAAAGAAAAAAAAAAAGAUGAAGUGUCAUGUUGUAUCGAGUGAGAAUAGGCUUUUCGUCACUGCAGCCGAUCAUUAGCGUAUGUUACUCGAACCUGUUUUCCAGCUGUUGCGUUUUUCCGUGUUCUUGUACUUGAACCACACAUAAAGGUUGUAAUCCCGUUGAAAAACGUGCCACGGUGCACACUGUCCUACCUAGACCACUUUCAAGACUAUUCUUACAGUGUCUGCAUGAUUUAAGGAUUAAAAUAAAUAAGAAAAAAAAAAGGUCAAAUAAAAAAUGAAAUCUGUAUUUUCAAUGAAAGAUAUCUAGACGGGUGGGCAAGUAUUUAAUUGUGCACAAUAUGCAUGCAUGUCUAACCAGCUCCCAACUGGUUUUUAGGUAGAUCUAGUUGGCUUUGGGUUCUGGGUGUAGGGGACUUUCUGCUCAGCUGAUAACUGCCAUGCACUGUACUGCACACAUUUGUAAUAGAACCGAAUGACUACAAGAUUUUAUUGUGCUUGUACUUGCAAAA